CGGGCGGACGCGCUGCUCAUUCUGACGCGCGGGUUCCCGGAAGCGCCGCGGCCGCCAUGGCGCGGAACGUGCUAUACCCUCUGUACCAGCUGGGCGGCCCCCAGCUCCGUGUAUUUCGAACCAACUUCUUCAUUCAGCUGGUGCGGCCGGGCACUGAACAGCCCGAGGACACAGUGCAGUUCCGGAUCCCCAUGGAGAUGACCAGGGUGGACCUCAGGAAUUACCUUGAGCGCAUUUACAACGUGCCCGUGGCUGCCGUGCGGACACGGGUGCAGCACGGCUCCAGCAGGAAACGGGAUUACAGAAACGUAAGAAUAAAGAAGCCAGACUACAAGGUCGCCUACGUGCAGCUGGCCCAUGGACAGACCUUCACGUUCCCAGAUCUGUUUCCCGAGAAGGAGCAGAGCCCUGAAGGCGGCUCUGCCCACGAUGCCCAGAGCAUGCUCCUGGAGCAGGAGCAGCAGCAGCAGCGGCAGCAUGGUGACCCCCGGCGUGGCGGCAUCCCUGACUGGUUCAGCCUGUGAUAAGGCCCCCUGUGGGGACACAGGCCCCUGGUGGUGCAGCCACAGAGCAACUCUGACAGUCCAAAUAAAAGUCCUGUUGUGUGGGAAAGAG